AUGUUAAGAAUGGACCUGGACAGCCGGCUGUCGCUCACCAACGAUCUCGAGAAUGAUCUCAAGAAGCUGGCUGGCGCUGGAUCACCAGGAUGGGUAGAGGAUACUGAACAGAAACUAAGAAACGCCGUUUCCCGUCUGCAGAAAAAUAGCACAGAACUUAGGGGAUUCCGUGACAAUGUGAAUGACGCCCUCGAAGGAGUUAUAGCUUUGGAGGCAUUCGGAAUAGCCCUGGACCGUUCCUGUGACGCAACUUCAGCAACUUUGCGGACGAUGAGCGCCCGAGAUGAUCAAGGGCUCAAUGAAAUCGCUUCCGAACUCGAAGCUCUAGACUCCCAGUUGACGGAUAUGAUGAGAACUGCUGAGACCAUUAAGAAAAUACCGAAUGUAACGGAAACCCAAUUGGUGGAUCGCGUGAUACGAAAUGCUGAUGAGAAAUUGCAUAAUCUGAACAAGGAAUUGAACUCUAAGUACUCGACACAGGAAGAAGUUGGUCGUUUAGAAAACGACUUUGAGGAUGCGAAACAGAGAAUGGCCGACUGGAUCAGUCAGUUCGAUGCCGAGCUGUUGGAGCUGAAACCUGUUUCGAUUGACCACGAAAGCUUCAACUGA